AUGACGUCACUCAGCGUAGCGUCUGGCGACCGUAAGAUUUCUCUACCGUCCAGCGGUUCGGAAUCGAACACGGAGGGAGCGGGUCGAGAUUCGGAAGGCGUCGCGGCAGAUUUACAGAAUCUAUGGUCGACGGAGCUAUUGGGAAUCGAGCCUCAAUCAGAGAACAGAAAAGAUGAGGAUAGCUCAGAGCUAAAAAAUUUUUUCGAGAACAAUAUCAAACGCUUGGAGAACGGCCAUUACAUGGUCAAAUUGCCAUUCAAGAACAACUUGCGAACGCUAGGAGACAACGAGAACAUAGCACGCGCCAGUCUCAAUCGGCCACUAGCAAAAACAAGAAAAAAUACGAUCCUCUUGAAAUCCCUAGACGACGAGAUGCGGAACUACGUCGAAAAGGGUGAUGCGGAGGUAGCAGCGGCGAAAAGGCCGGGAGAACUUGCUCACUAUCUCCCGUUGUUGCCGGUGAUUAGGCGCAACAGCUCAGCAGAGAUUGUCAAAGUGAGAGUUGUCAAGGACGCGGGAGCGCGAAGGAAGGAUGAAGCGGCCCUUAACGACGUCCUCGAAUGCGGAAGUUAUCUACUCCCAGACAUACCAAAGGUGUUGCUGAGAUUUAGACGAGAGAAAAUCGCGAUCGUCUCAGACAUUGAGAAGGCAUUCUUGCAGUAUAAAAUUCACCCGGAUCAUCGCACAUUCCUGAGCUUUUUCUGGCCGUUGGGUAUAAGUAAAGACUCGCGGGCGCCAAUCCAGGAAUACUGGAGCACAGUACUCGACUUUGGGAUCAUUUCUAGUCCAUUAUCCACUGUGCGGGUAUAA